CUUUUAUUUACUGUUUGGGAGGUGUGACCUGCAGCAACCCGGACUGGUGUUGGUCGGCUUGGUCCCCGAAACAUUGCCAAAAAUCACAAUUUUCGGGGAGAAACCAGUUGUUUUAUCAAAAUUGAGAGAGAAAAUCUUUUAAAAUGAGUGACGUGGAUCUAAACAAACUCAAGGUUGUCGAGCUGAAAGCCGAAUUGCAAGCGCGUGGGCUCGACACCAAAGGCAACAAGCCGGUUCUUGUCGAGAGGUUGAAAGAAGCCCUCGAGAAGGAAGCGCUGCAGCAAGGUGGGAAUAAUGCAGCCGAGGAGAGUCCAGAAGAUCUCUCCGGCAAUGCCGCAGAAGAGGAGGAUUUGGAUGAAGAGGUUGAAGAAGCGAUGCUUGCUGAAGAACCUCCGGUGGCUGAGCCAGAGGCUCUAGAGGAAGAAAGGGAACCAACACCUCCACCUGCCCCAGUCCCGGUACAAAGUAGUCCUCUAAAGGUAGAAGCCAAAGAGCCAGAGGUGAAAAGUGAGCCUUUGCCAUCUCCUGCAACGUCUGCACCACAGCCCUCCCCUCAAAAGGAACAGCCAUCACCUCAGAAGGAGGAACCAUUGCCUCAGAAGGAGCAGCCGUCGCCUCAGAUGGUGCAGCCUCCUCCUCAGAAGGAGCAGCCGUCACCUCAGAAGGAGCAGCCGUCACCUCAAAAGGAGCAGACGUCACCUCAGAAGGAGCAGCCGUCACCUCAGAAGGAGCAGCCGUCACCUCAGAAGGUACAGCCGUCACCUCAGAAGGUGCAGCCGUCACCUCAGAAGGUGCAGCCUUCACCUCAAAAUGAACAGCCUUCACCCCAGAAGGAGCAGAUUUCGCCAAGGAAGGAACCUCCAGCAGCACCUGCUCCAGUGGUCAAAGAAGAGCCGAAGCCUAUCGAGGAAGAAAAAGUUAAAGAGGAAGUUCCACAGCCGGAGAGACUAGAGUCUGCCGAUAAAAAUGCAAAAGAGGAGCCCAUGGAAACCACUGAAACAAGUCUACCUGGAGAUAAAACCGAAGAUGUGAAUAAUGAGGAAAAGCGUGGAAAGAAACGCCAACAUUCACCUGAAAAUGUGAAGGACAACAAAGUGCCACAAGAAGAUGAGCCCGAGUUUGACCCAACAAGAUGUUUGCUUAGUUGGUAUGACUCUGACUUGAAUUUGGUCAUCAGCAAAGAAGAUUUCCUGAAAGCAGAGCCCAUGGCCAAAGCAGGUUUUGCCUACUGUUGGGCUGGCACGAGAGCCAGCUACGGUCUUCAAAAAGGAAAAGCUUUUUUCGAAGUCAUGAUUGACAAGUACCUAGAUGUAUCCCACCUCCAAAAUGAGACUGACCCUAAUGUACUGCGUGUUGGUUGGUCUGCUCAGUCUGCAUCAAUGCAGUUGGGCGAAGAAGAAUUAACCUAUGGCUACGGUGGCACUGGCAAAAUCUCGACUAACUGCAAGUUUUCCGACUAUGGAAAAACCUUUCAGGAAGGUUCCGUCAUUGGUGCAUUUUUGGAUAUGAGCGGAGAAAACGCUAUUAUGAGCUACACAGUCGAUGGUGAGGAUCAAGGUGUUGCUUUCACAGUGCCGAAAGCCGAUCUGAAGGGGCAAGCUCUUUUUCCCCACGUCCUGACAAAGAAUUGCAGUUUUUCGUGCAACUUUGGAACUGAUGAGCCUUGGUUCCCGUCUGCAGACAGCCAGUUCACUCAAAUUGGCUCACUUUCCAUUGGGGAAGAAAUCAUUCUGGGUCCCCAGCGCCCUGCAAGCAAGUCCGAAUGCGAGGCGAUCAUGAUGGUCGGUAUUCCUGGCUGCGGCAAGACUUUUUGGGCCAACAAGUAUGCUGCGGAACAUCCUGAAAAACACUAUAAUGUUUUGGGCACUAACAACCUUAUUGACAAAAUGAAGGUGAUGGGACUUCCUCGAAGACGCAACUACAAUGGGCGCUGGGAAGAGCUCAUUUCCUCAUGCACAGAUUGCUUCAACAAGCUGCUUCAAAUUGCAGCCUCUCGUCGCCGUAAUUACAUUUUAGACCAGACCAACGUCUAUGCCACUGCCAGGCAGCGAAAAAUGCAGGCAUUCAAAGGGUUUGUCAGAAUUGCAGCUGUUGUUGUUCCAACUGCAGAGGAGCUUGCAAGCCGCAUUGAAAAAAGAGAAAAGGAGGAAGGAAAAGACGUACCUGACUCUGCAGUGUUUGAAAUGAAAGCCAAUUUUGUUCUGCCUGUGAAAGGUGAGAUAUUUGAUGAAGUGCGUUUCGUGGAACAACCUGAAACUGAAGCAAUCAAAAUCGUCGAUGAGUACGUGAAGGAAGCAAACACUGCCGGCUAUCGCAAGAAGGACGAAGCUAAGGUCCCUCGCUUUGAUCAGAAACAGAGUUAUGGAGGAUACAGGAGUAGCUCUGGCAGCUCAGGCAAUACUAAUUCCAGAUACCAUACUAGCCAGAAUCGUUUCGGGGGUAAUGGUGGUGGUGGCAGGGACUUCAGAAACCAGGAUUACAGGACUCAAAGAUAUGCCGGAGGGGGAGGUACUGACAAUCGUUACAUGCGAAGGGACAACAGGGAUAGCUACAGGGGUUCCGACAGAGGUGGCGGUUUCCGCGGUGCUGCUGGUGGAGCUUGGCGAGGAAAUCGAGACAACAGAGAAAGCAGGGGUUAUAGUGGUGGUGGGCGGCCUGACUUCAACCGCAGAGGUGGAGGAGACUUCAGGCGUCCGCAGAAAGACUUCAACAAAGACCGAGGCUACAACAGGCCUGGUGGAGACAGAGAUCGCAGGAAUGACAGAUACAGUGGUGCUGGUGGCAAUCAAUGGUCCAGUGGUGGUUCCGGCUCAAAUUACAACUCCGGUGGUUACGGCCAGCAGGCUGCUGGCUAUACUGGCACUGGUUUUGGACAUCAACAGCGCAACUACAGCCAAAAUCAAUAUGCUGGCUACAGCUCUUACUCCUCAUACCCUAAUACCCAGCAGCAGGGUACCUAUUCCCAGUCAACCCCGCAAACUUGGUCCAAUUACAGCAACCAACCACAACAGCAGCAGUCGUAUGCCAGCAACUGGCAGCAGUAUGGUGGAUACAAUGCUGCUCAAUCCCAACAGGGAUACCAGCAAGAUUACAGCGGAGGGUACACACAAAGCCAGACACCAGGAAACUACAGCACUGCCCAAAAGUAGACGGACUUUCCACUUCAACAGUUUGUGCAUUGCUAAGAAAUUUAGCAUAAUAAUUAAUUUGUUUUCUUUGUAUAAAUGGACAGUUGAUGCAAAUGUAUAAUAAAGUACUUGUCAUUUUGAAAUCGCUGCAGAUAAAUUGAAAUAGAUGAGUUUUGAAUGUGAAGUGAUCUCGCACUGACAGUAGUUGGAUUUGUUGUGGUUGAAACCUUCGGACAUUAGAAUUUCUUAUUUUGACAUCUCAUUAUGUACAAAUAAUGCAUAAACCAUUUUCGAUUAA